CGGUGACAAGAGCAGGGAUACUGCGCAUGUCCGAAACUGCCAAAUAUGAACGCUGCUCCAACAUAUGAACAAACCAGUGAACAUCAUGGGCGGUUGAGAAACACACCCUUGACAUAUCUUUUGUGAGGAGCACAGAAGGCUAGUUAGACUAGGCUAUAUUCCAGACCAGACCCCUCAGCUGCAGUCCAGAAGCUUCUGCAGCCAUGGCUGAGGAGGACUAUGGCUGCUUUGUGGACUGGACCCAAAUGGGGGACAUGGCCAAGAGCAGUGGCACCUCCAAAUUGGACGUUAAGGACCCCGUGGAGCUCAAAAAGCUGGCCAGGCAGGGCCARUGGUCCAAGAACCACAAGCUCCGUGCCCAGGUCUACCAGCAACUCAUUAAGGCAAUCCCCUGUCGAACCGUGACACCUGACGCCGAGGUCUACCGCGACCUCAUGGGCGACGACACAGGUAAAAAAGCCUUGUCCUCCAUCCCACUGCCAGACUUUGUGGACGGCAGCGCUGUGCCGCACUACUGCCUCAAGGCAGACGCAGUGACCGCCGUCCACCGGGUCAUCUCCUGUCUGGCGGAACAGUUCCCGGARAUCUCGCACUGCCCGGCGCUGCCCGCGAUGACAGCCCUCCUGCUGCACUUCAGUGCCAACGAGGCCCAGUGCUUCGAGCACAUCAGCCGUCUGCUGGCCUGCAAUGAGCCGGGCCAACGCUUUGUAGACCAGACCUUCCUGGCCUAUGAGUCCAGCUUCAUGACCUUUGGCGACCUGGCCAACAAGUAUUGCCCGGCAGCCCACAAGCUCAUAGUGGCUACAGUGCAGGACGUGGUGGAGGUGUACUCGGACUGGCAGCGCUGGGUGCUAGGUGACCUGCCCUUCAGCCACGUGGCAAGGGUCCUAGARGUCUUCCUGGUGGAAGGAUACAAGGUGUUGUACCGCGUUGCCCUGGCCCUGCUCAAGUUCUACCGCAAGCAGAAGGCCAGGGAUGGAACACAGCAAUCAGAGGGKCAGAAACAGGACUCUGCAGGGGUCAAGGCCGAGAUCCAGGCUUUCGUCAAAGCCAUCAGCUCCUACAUCACCCCGGACAAGCUGCUGGAGAAGGCCUUCUCUAUCCGCUUGUUCAGUCGCAAAGAGAUCACCCUCCUGCAGCUCACCAACGAGAAAUCGCUGCAGCAGAAGGGCAUCACCGUCAAACAGAAGAGGCGGAACGUGCAGCUGGCUCUGAACCCGGACACCUUCUCCUCMGAGGUAGUCAGCGCCAAGGAGAUGAAGGACAUCUGGUCGUGGAUCCCCGAGCGCUUCGCCCUAUGCGAACCGCAGCUCCUCUUCACCACCUCGACCCAUGGCUGCAGCCUCAACAGGUUUUACGCUCAUGUUGAAGGGUAUGAGCCCACUCUGCUACUCAUCCGGACCUGCGAAGCUGACGUAUGUGGAGCCUUCCUCUCUACAGAUUGGGAGGAGCGCAAGCGAGGCGGGAACAAACURGGCUUCUUUGGGACCGGAGAAUGUUUCGUCUUCAGGCUGAAGCCGGAGAUGGAGAGGUAUGAGUGGGUGGUGAUCCGUCACCCGGAGCUGGCCUCCACCAUCAAGGCCCAGAGCAGUGAGGUCCCUGCCGAGGACGAGGCUCCCCCCGGCAAGCAGAACUCGGGAGGCGACAGCCUUCCCGUGGAGAGGCCAGCCGCUGACCCAUCUGAUCGCCUGUCGCCCUUCCUCUCAGCCCGACACUUCCAUCUCAACUCCAGGAACACCUCCAUGUUCAUGGCGGGCAACUUUGACUCCAUCAUAGUGGGGGGAGGCGAGGGCAACGCGCUGUACAUCGACAGUGAGCUAAACCACGGACGCACAGCCCGCUGCACCACCUUUGACAACCCGCCGCUCUGCUCCACCGAGAGCUUCCAGGUGGCCCUGCUGGAGGUGUGGGGCUUCAAGGACACCAUGGCCUCAGAUAGAUAGAUAAGACAGACACACACACACAGACACACAGUUCGAGAUACACACAUCCCACCAAGGGCCUGAUGAAGGUACCUGCAGUAUCAGAACAAACCCCUUUCCGUCCAGCAAAUUAAUUUAUCCAUUGAAUUCUACAUAAAUGUGAAAUAUUUGUAUUUAUUCAUGUAAAACAAGUAUCAUAUUCUGAAAGUAUUUUUAUUUGUGAUUCUUUUUUUACAGAUGUUUUAUUACAUUGUAUUAAUAUUUUUGUUGACUCUCAUUCGGAGGGGUUUGAUGGCGAAAAGCAGCUCUGUUGUUAAAAAGGCCUUGUCUGGAAUGAUCAAAUGUCAUGAUUUUACACYCUCAAGUAACUUAAUUUCUGUAUUCACUUUAUAUCCACUCCUUAAUUUGUGCACUCAAGUAACUUAAUUUCUGUAUUCACUUUAUAUCCACUCCUUAAUUUGUGCAAUCUGGUUAUGCACCAAACCAACCGCCAAAAUGGUGGUAAGUAGGCCUAUAAGGCCUGUAUUCACUAUAUCGAACAUAUGCAGUCUACCCAGCUGUCAGAACUGGGGUCUAUUCAAAUGAAUUGUACAACGUGAAGUGUGGCUGUUGUGCGGCCAUAUUCUCACCAGAUGUACUCUUAGCUCUGAGCACAGCAGUACAUUAGAGAGGCCCRUUUGUAAAGUAUGUGAAUAUUGUUCUUUGAAUGUGUUUUAUUGAUAGUGUGAAAGGGUUAUCGGGUGAGAUGAAGACCAUAUCCACGUCCCUCGUCAUUUAGGUGCACAAUCUGUGGUAAAGCUAUCUGUGUAAGUAAUGCAGUAUUCAUCUGUCUUUCUCUAUCCGUCCUACAAACAAUAUCAUCCCAAAAAAUUGCAGAAUAUGUACGUUCUUGUGCAGAGACUCAACUGUAUAUCAUUGAAUAUCUGUUGUAUUGAAGAAAGUCCUCCAGUGAAGUAUUGAUUGACAAAUUACAGAUCAUCCGACUUCAACUGUACAUGUGAAAGUAAUACACUUUGUGACAUUUGUCUCUGUCAUGUAA